UAUAUAUUCUCAUUUACUCUACCAUGCUAAACAGAAAAAAAAUUGGAGGUGGACAAUCACCUUUUGUUAUCGGUGCGUUUAUUCUAUUGUUAGACUUGUGGGUGAUUUACGCCGCACUUGUAUCUACUCGAUCUGUCGCUUUUAAGAUAGGCUGCAUUAUCACUGUCACCAUAUUUCCGUUUGGUGGUUUAGUGCUUUAUUUACCCAUCUCCCUCUUAUUUUUAUCAUGAUUUUAUACGAUCAAACGUAUAGUUUAUACGCUUCUUAGUUUCCUUUUUGUACAUAUAGCCCUAAAUAAACAAAAUAAAUACGCACAAUAUAAUCACAGAUUGAUACAAACAAAUGAUUAUGUUGACCAAUUAGCAGCUGA